GUUUACAUGUAUCUUAUAGGUUCGGUUUUAUAGAAAGUAGAAAGUAGAAACCACAGUAAAAUUUUGUCAGCAUGGUUUUGGUGUAAAUAUAUAACGUAAUGUGUUUACCAAAGACUUCAGAAGUGCUGAAACUGUACAGAAGCCUGUUACGUUACGGCCAAACUCUUCAGUUCACCGACAAAAACUACUUCAAGAAUCGAGUAACGAGCGAAUUUAAAAGGAACAAAGUUCUGUCCGAUGAAAAAGGCAUCAAAUUUUAUUAUGAGAGAGGUCAAGCGGUCUUAAGCCAGAAGAGGAUACUAUAGAACGAUGAUAGCUUUAAGAUGGUUACGCUAUUUUAGCACUAGCAGUGGUCUAAAUA